UUUGUAAGGGGUUUCAUGCUGGCCACUCUGGUCCCACCCUGCUCCAAGUUGUCAGUAUGGAUGAAGAAAGCCUUGAGGCUGCGAUCGCUGCCUAUGGUGCCCAGCUGCAGCAGGUGGAGAUGGCUCUUUCGGCUGGCCUGGACGCCAGCCAGCAGCCAGACCUGCUCAAACUGAAAGAAGACCUUUGCCAGCUGAUCGAACUGACCGAAGCCAGCCUGGUGUCCGUCAAAAAGAGCCGGCUGCUGUCCAGCCUGGAGGGCAGUAACGAACUGCAGAACACCUCCGAGGCAGCAGCAGACACCCACAGUGCAAAUGGCUGUCUGGACGCUGAGUUUGCUGCUUUCUACUCUGAACUGGGAGAGAGUUCAGGCAGCAGUUCUGACACUAGAGACAAAGAGAGAGAAGUGGAAGGAGGGACGGUUGAUUAUGAAGAGGAGGGAGAYGAAGAUGAGGAGGAGGAAGAUGUGCUUAGUGGUACCAAAGUGAGAGCUCCUUACAGAACGCCAUGGGGGACGCUGGAGUACCACAAUGCCAUGGUGGUGGGGGCAGAACCCCCAGAUGGAGACGAGGCACAAGUAAGGGUGCUCUACAUCUAUCCCACCCAGAAAUCUUUGAAACCCUGUCCAUACUACCUGGAAGACAAGUGUCGCUUUGAGGAGAGCUGCAGGUUUUCUCACGGCGAGGUGGUGUAUGUGUCGGAGCUCAGAGAGUUCCUGGAGUGUGACCUCAGUAAUAUUGAAGAGGGUUCGGCCUGCUUGGCUCGACACGASGACGGCAUCUGGUACCCAGCCAAGAUAAAAGAAAUCGACAGUGGUUUCUACACCGUGAAGUUUGACUCACUGCUGUUGAAAGAUGCUGUKGUUGAAGCCGACGGCAUCAUCCCGCCUCUGAGAGAGGACGACCCAGUCUCCUCUGACUCGGACUCAAACGACACUGGAGAUGGAGAGAGUCUGGGAUAUGCAAAAGUGCUCGACUCUGCCCUGGAAUCUGCAGUGACCUUCAACAGUUCCAACUUUGGUGGCUGGGAGGCUCACACCAGAGGCAUCGGAUCCAAACUUAUGAUCAAAAUGGGUUAUGAGUACGGGAAAGGUUUAGGAAAGCUGCAGGAGGGUCGAGUAGAGCCCGUGAWGGCGGUGGUCCUCCCGAAGGGGAGGUCCCUGGACGAGUGUGCGGAGCUCACACAGAGACGCACCCAGAGCAGGACUGCUAAGAAUGGCACACAAGCCGCCCGGCCGAAACGGCGCAGGAAGCCCCGAGUCGCCACRGGAGAGCGCAAAACUGUCUUUGACUUUUUAAACCACAAGCUAGGAGACAAGAGCAGGGAUUCUGCAGAGGGGGGCGCUGCUGCGUCGCCGGCAGCGACGGGGMUGGAGGCUUACAGAGCGGGGAAAUCCACCAAGAGGACUCUGAAUGUGAACCUGUUCCAGGCUGCUCAGAGGGUGUCUCAGACUGAGAGGGAGAUCCAGAAACUGAGCGAGUCUCUCAGCAGACAGACAGGGAGGGAUGCGUCCAGAGUCAAGCAGCUGGAGGAGAAGCUGUCCGCGGCCCGCCGCCUGCUGGCCCAGCAGAAAGCUCAGGAGCUGUCCAUCCAGAGAGCGCACAAGAAGGCGGACACGCACAAGAAGAUGACCGAGUUCUAAGCUCAGUUUUCACAAAAAAAAAGUUUUUUAAAGACUUUCGAAGGAAAAGAAAGCACUUUCUUCCUGAAAACAAAUCUUGUUUUUAUAAAAGUUUUUUUUUUAGUACAGUUUGUCACUGACUUGUUGUGCUUUUCAUUUCAGUUUCAAGGACCGAUCCCUCUUUUCAUUAGUGGGGAUGAUUCUAUAAACUCUGUUUUUAUUUGUUAUGAAUGUUAUUUUUUUCUUUGCUGCAACUAAAAUCUAGAACUUCUCACACAUUUUGCUGUGUUUCUAACUUAACUAAACUCAAGUGUAAAGAAAUGUUUCUCCUGUGUUGUUUUUGGUGUUCUUUCUUAUCUGUUUCUUGUAGAGUUUUCACUCGUGGCCAGCGGCUCCUCGGGUGCUUAGUGCAGUUUACUCUGAGUACUGUAGUGAUUUUAAAAAUGUGUCCUUAGGAUUUGGAAGGCACACCCACAGCUCUUCUUUGAAGCUACAACCAUAACCUCUUUAUUAAAUAAUACAUUUUGGGAGAUGCCUGUUUGCUCACAAAAAUCACUCUUUUUUUCUGAAGCAACUGUUUUUCACCUUGAAGUCUUUCAGUCUCUAGUAAACGAUUUGGAUUGUGA